CAACAACAGCAACAAAAGCAACAGCAAGAGCAAGAGAAACAUUUAAUACUACAACAAACGGAUAUAUACGACAACGAGUAAACUUUAUAUAUAAACGACACAUUUUAAUUAACAUACGCGUCGCCGCUUCAGUUCGACGCACUCAUUCUUUGACUUUAGUCUUUCGAACGAAGAACGAAACAACUUCCUCAGUUCUCCAAAAUUAAGAAAAAACACUUCUCUCUCUCACAUAAACGUCACUCUCUCUUACAAAUCGUGUAGAGAAUUGUUAUAUAUACGCACAGACAACAAUUUGAAAUCAAUUUCGAAUCAUGUUGGAUCCCAUCUCGGAUACACCGCUGGUGCUGGCGUAUGUCUUCAUGUCGCUGUUGGUGCUCAUUGUCUGCUUUAUCAUCUUUAAUGUCGUCCACAAGCUGUAUCAGGGCAUGUCCGACGAUGGCGCUGUUAUCGGAGCUCGCGUGGGCGUGUCAGUGAGCAGCAGCAGCAGUCCAUCGAUGCUGGAAGUGGAUGCCUUGAAAACCGGUUAAACAACGAAUAGUUGAAUAGAAGACGACGACAACGACGGCGGCAGCUGUUUCUCGCAACGAGAAUCGGAAUCUCGCAGAGCAGAGAACGGAAGAGAGAGAGAGGCGACCGCAUUGCGUUGCGCCGGUUUUAACAAGAACAAAACACAAACAUUGUACAUAGCCACAACACACAACAAUAGCAAUUAGAAUUAGACUAACUCUUAACUACGUUUAAAACCUAGUACUUAUCAAUUACUAUAUUAACAAUUUUACAUGUAUAUAAAUGCGAAAAAGAAGCAUCA